GCUUCCUAAUCUAGCCGAUCUGCGAUACUUUCUCUCUUCUCCCUCAACCACCACUGGAGAUCGGAUUUUCCCGAGCUUCAACAUCAAUUCCUCCCAAUUUAAUUCUUUACAGUCUGAUCCCAGAUCCUGAAUCAUGAAAACUGACCCAAAAGAACAAGAAAACAGCUGGAUAUGGCAUCAGGGCAUGAAGAAUCCAUCAAUUUUUCCUUGGAAUUUUUACAGGGUAAUUGCCUGCUCCAUUGCCCUGUUUUCUACUCUGUAUUUUGUCUACUGUGUCAGCUUCUUAAAUUCAUCAAACCGGAACGCCGCCAUCAACAUCACCCGCAGCUCCGUCAAGCUGGACUACAUUUCCCCCCAGGUUAACGACCCUGCUCUUUCUCAGAGCCUCCAAAAAGCUCCAGAAAAAACCUCCCUACGCCACAUAGUGUUUGGCAUUGCAGCCUCGUCCAGGUUCUGGAACCGCAGGAAAGAGUAUAUCAAGCUCUGGUGGCGGCCUAAACAGAUGCGCGGCGCCGUUUGGCUAGACAAACCUGUUGCCAACGGCACCGACGACCAUCUUUUACCUCCAACAAAAAUCUCAGGCGACAUCUCCAGGUUCAAAUACGAGAACCGUCGUGGCCACCGCUCUGCUAUCCGCAUAUCGCGGAUUGUGUCGGAGACUUCACGGCUGGGAUUGGAAGCCGUGCGGUGGUUCGUGAUGGGCGACGACGAUACAUACUUCGUACCGGAGAAUAUAGUGAGUGUCUUGUCGAAGUAUGAUCAUACUCAAUUCUAUUACAUCGGAAGUUCGUCAGAGACUCACGCUCAGAACAUUAAUUUCUCCUAUGGCAUGGCGUUCGGCGGCGGUGGGUUUGCCAUAAGUUACCCGUUAGCAAAAGCUCUGGAGAAGAUGCAAGACAGGUGCAUAGAGAGAUACCCGGCGCUAUACGGGUCCGACGAUCGGAUUCAGGCCUGCAUGUCGGAGCUCGGCGUUCCCCUCACCAAGGAACCUGGAUUUCACCAGUUUGAUGUUUUCGGCAAUGUAUUUGGGCUUUUGGCGGCACACCCAAUUGCACCCCUAGUCUCUCUCCACCACUUGGACGUAGUGGAGCCCAUUUUUCCUGACAUGGAUCGCGUAAAGGCCCUGAAACAGUUAACCAAGCCCAUUAAGUUGGACUCAGCGGGCCUUAUGCAACAAUCAGUAUGUUACGACAAGACCCGAAGCUGGACGGUGUCGGUGUCAUGGGGCUACGCCGUUCAGAUCAUCCGCGGCAUCAUUUCCGUCCGGGAAUUGGAAGUUCCGGCCAGAACUUUCUUUCAUUGGUACAAAAGAGCCGACAUGUACGGCUACUCCUUCAACACCCGUCUCCUCAGCAAUCAUGUCUGCGAGAAACCGUUCAUCUAUUAUCUGUCUAACGCGUCCUUCGACCGGACGACGGCGAACCAGACGGUCAGUAAAUAUGUUCGGAGUCAUUUGCAGAAACCGGAUUGUAAAUGGAACAUGGCGGAUCCUUCUAGGAUUAACAUAGUCGAGGUUUAUAAAAGACCCGAUCCGCAUGUGUGGGAAAAGCCGCCGCGGAGGAAUUGUUGUAAGGUGUUGCCGAAGAAGAAGCAGGACACCAUGGAAGUAGAUGUAAGACCAUGUCAAGAAGAUGAAGUCAUUGAAUUGUGGUGAGAGGGAGGGAUACCAUGUAA